CAACAACCCCGAUUUUCUUCUGCCUACCUGCGUGUCCCAACUUACCAUUUCUUCUGAUUUCAAACCUCAACCCUAUGGAAGCCCCUGAAUCCCUGGAAGAAAAUGGAAGCCCCUGAAUCCCUGGAAGAAAAGAAAAGCAAGAGCCCCAAAUUUCUUCUCCCACACGAGUCCCUAUCCCGUCCUUACAGGCGGUGAUCGAAAGCUUGUGCCCCUGAAUCCCUGGAAGAAAAGAAAAGCAAGAGCCUCGUGCAUGUUCUCCCACACGAGUCCCUAUCCCGUCCUUACAGGCGGUGAUCGAAAGCUUGUUUUUUGAAGGUUGGCUCUGUAGUCGUUCGUCCACCCAUUUGGCAAAGGCGUUCAUCCAUGGAGGCUCCGGCAGCUAUUCACCCUCACCUUCGUAAACACAGUGUUUUAGGGGACAAACAAAUGACACAUGAUGAUGAAAUAUCAGAUACUAUUGUCGAUGGACUUAUAGUAGAGAAUAUUAUACCAUAUAGGGAGUUAGAGGAUGUGUAUGCUAGGGAAGGUCCCACGGAUUUGGAGGAAGUCAUUCGAUUAGAUGUAGAAGCUAUUGAAAAUGAAUUAAAUAGCAGUGGUGUGGUAGUCGAUGAUAAAAAUGGGGGGACCAAUGAAGCUAUAGAAGAUGGUGUUUUUGCGUAUGAACCAAGUGAGCAUGUUGAUGGCGGUGAAAGUUUUCUUGUUGAUGAUUCAACAAAGCACUUUGACAACCCCGUAGAGUACACAGAGGAACAAUGCAUUGGGAAGUAUUUUACCAAUGAAAAUGAUGCAUAUGAAUUUUACAACAAUUAUGCUCCGAAGAUGGGAUUUAGCGUUCGAAAAUCUAAAGUGGAAAGGUCAAGAAAAAGGAAAGAAGGAAUGAAUGAAGAGAGGGAUGUCUUGUCUCGCAUGUAUGUUUGUAGUAGGGAAGGUUUUAAGGACUGCAAUGAUAAAAGGCAAGAAGGAAAAGAAGUCAACCGUCGAGCUGAUAGUAGAAUUGGUUGUCCUGCUCGUCUACGGGUAAAAUCAAUUGAAGGGGGCUUGAUUGUUGACCAAUUCAUUUCAGGUCAUAACCAUAACCUCGUGGCACCCGAUGAAACUUAUCGGCUUCGAUCACAUCAAUGGCUCUCAGACUUGGUUGUACAGAUUGCGACCACUUUAGAUGAUUGUGGUAUAGGACCGGAAACUAUUUAUGAGGUUGUGAAAACUAUGUCAGGUGGAGCCUCCAAGGUGGGUUUGCCAGAGUUGGCAUUUAAGAACUUUAUGAAGAGGAAAAAUCAGAAAUUUCUUGGGGUGGACUUACAAAGAUUGCUGGAAUACUUGCACCACACGAAACUAUGUGAUCCUGAAUUCUUUUGCAAAAUAGCCAAAACAGAGGAUGGUACAGUGCGAGGUAUCUUUUGGGUUGAUGGACAGGCAAGAGCUGCAUAUCGUGUAUUUGGUGAUGUCCUGGCAUUUGAUACAACAUAUAAGAAGAAUCGAUAUCACUUCCCAUUUGGUCCUUUUGUCGGAGUAAAUCAUCAUGGUCAGACUACUUUGUUUGGAUGUGGGUUGAUAGCAGAUGAGACGAUUGAGUCGUUUAUUUGGUUAUUCUCUACGUGGUUGAAAGCAAUGGAUAGUCGACCACCUGUGGCAAUUAUUACAGACCAAUGUCCAUCACUUUUGAGGGCCAUCCCACAUGUGUUUCCAAAUGCAAAGCAUAGGUACUGUUCAUGGCAUGUGCAAAAACAUUUUAUGGAACACCUGAGCAAUUUGUAUGGGACAAGUCCAUCAUUUAAAAAGGAUUUUGGGAGAUGUAUAUAUGGUAGUCAGACAGAAAAUGAAUUUGAGACAAGCUGGCAAGAGUUAUUAAUAGCUUAUAAUCUCGUUGAACAUGAGUGGUUGAAGAAAAUGUACGAGCAGCGGGUUCAUUGGGUACCGUUAUAUCUUAAAGGUACUUUCUUCGCUGGCAUGUCAUCCACACAACGCAGCGAGGGGAUGAAUUAUUACUUUCGUGGUUACUUUAAGCAAUCAAUCCCAUUGCACAAGUUUGCACGACAAUAUGAAAAGGCUAUACAAAGACGUAGGGAGAGGGAAGCUAGUAGUGAUUUCUCCAGUCUCAACAAAAAACCUCCACUGCUAGUUGGUAAUCCUUUGGAGAUACAUGCAUCUAAAGUUUAUACGAGGAAGAUUUUUGAAAUCUUUAAGAAACAAUGGUCUGCAGCACUGAUAUUGACAGCCACAGAAGAAGUAUAUGGUCAAAAGAAAAAGUAUUUGGUCGGUCCCUUUGACAUUCCUGACGAGCAUAAGUGUGAAGUUUGGGAUGACAUUGAUGCAGGUGUUGUAACUUGUAGCUGUAAAUUGUUUGAGUUUAUGGGUUUAUUAUACAAACACAUCUUGAGAGUCUUCCAUAAGACAGACCGCGAGGAGAUUCCUUCCCAGUACAUCUUAAAAAUAUGGACCAUGGAUGCAAGGAAUGAUUUGACGAAUAAGAUAGACAGAUUAAGUGAUGAAGCUUCUGUAUCAGUAACAGCUGCAUGGGCUUUUCAAGAUGCCUUGAGGAAUUUGAUAGCCACAGUUAGUGGUUCACAGGCAGCAUGUGAAUCUGCUACGACUGCGUUGAGGAUUGUGAAUCAAAGAAUCUUACGAGAAUUGGGUGCAUCAAACUUACAAACUCCUGUUGUUGAUCCACAACCCUCUGCUAACGUUACACAUGACCCCCAUUGUAAUAUCCAUAUUCCUUUGGAUGUGAUCACAAGGGGUCGGCUUAAUUUAGGUCGUGCUAAACAUCCAAUGGAGAUGACAACUGGAAGGAAGAAUAGAUGUAGCAAUUGUGGCCAGUUAGGGCAUAACAAGGCAACUUGUAAGGUAGUAGUAGCGCCUAAAAAUGAUUUGGACACCACGUACAAUGAAGAACGAUUUUAGUUAGAGAUUUUUGGAUCAACAGUAUUUGAUCUCAUGUGUGGGUGUCUCUUUUUGAGUUAUAUGUGUGGCUGUUUAUGUUUUUUGUUUUUUUUUGCAAAGAUAGGUGAUGUUAACAAUUUCCAUCCAUUUGAACUUUCACGUUUCUGUAGUAUUUGAAAUGAGUUUAUGAAGGUCUUCAGCAAUUUACUAGGACUGAAAAACCAAAGAUUUACUUCCACAUUUUAGUUUGCCAUAGGAAAUUAUGCAAUUUCAUUUUGAUGGUUGAAUGAUAUAUGGGCAUUCUGCUUUGCAUGACUCUGUAGUGCUGCCCUUGGUGAAACUUAUUUUAUUAAUGGUUGAAUAUGCUAUUCUCUCUUUGGUUUAAAUAUAAGUAGUGGUAUCUAUUAAUGAAUGUAAUGAUAUAUUUGAAGUAAUCCUUCCAUAAGGACAUUAAAAUGUUAUUUUUGUUCAAAGUAGUAGACCUAAUAGAUUUAGUGUGUAUUUAUGUUGAUAAAUUGUAUAUCAAUCAAUAGUAUGAUGUGAUCAUAUUUUGAUAUGGUACUGAAAUCCACAUUCUUUUGUUUAGUUUUAGGGAACAAGUAAUGCUCUUAUAUAGUAUAUAUGGCCCCUGUUUAUAUCUGUUUGGGCAACUGUGGGGUCAAGGGUAAAUUGUAGAAUGUUACUCUUCUAUUCUAAAUCCGUUUUAUUAGACUUUGCAGCAAGAUUUGUUGUUGAAAAUUUCAUCAUUAGAAUCUGAGAACACGAAGCACAUUGGAUUCUGAAAAUCAACAUGGUAGAGUGUGGGGAUAAAUUGGAGGUAAGGAGGAUAUCCUUGUCUCAACCAAUUCUGUUUUCCACUAUGCUUUCAGGAUUUAAUUAGCCAUUCUAUUUACUGACCACCCAAAAAGUCCAAAAAAAUUCUCUCGUCAUUUUUUUACAGGUUUUGCUUAUACAAACCCAUGAAUCUCAAUGCAUUCAAUUUGGAGCCAUUGUGUUUUAUAUGGUGGAACUAAUCUAGGUUUCGUUUAUUCAGUUCUUUAUGAUAUCUCAUUGAGAAACCAAAAACCCAUUGGUUUGUCAAACAAGAUGACGAAGGGCAAUGCAAUUCAGAAUGCAAGACAAUAGGAUGGGCUUGUCAGGAGGGAUAUGGCUCAUGGUUGCAGAGGCAUGAUUGCCUUUGCAGGUAAUCUUUUCUAAAUUCAUCUUUAGGUUUCUAUUAAUUCUUAUUUGUCUCUUUCUACUUCUGUUUCCAGAUUGCCUUUGAAUGCUUGCAGAUUACUGAACAAUAAAUUAGAAGCUGACUAUAUUACUGAUUCUUUGUGAGGUUCAAUGUCCUUAUUUAUUGUUAAUGUGCUCCUACCCUGUAUUUGUAGUUGAAACAUUUAUUCGGAAUCUGGACUGGAAUAAGAUAGUGAAUGAGCUUUAAUAUCUUUGGAUGUACUGAUCAACCAUGGAAAGACAAAGCGAAUUGAUUCUCAGGAAUGAAUUUAAGAAAAAUCCAGGUUUUUAAGGUGAGAAAUGGUAUUUGUGUAUCUAGAUUAAGGAACUAAAUCUAGGAAAGGUAAAUCAGACCAAUUAUGAAUGAGACCUACAAGACUGUAACUAUUACAUGUGACUAUUUCAUUUGGUACUUCAGAAGUAGGGAAUCCUAAUUUAGGUGAAAGAAACUAUUGAGUACAUUUAUACAUACAGUAUGUUGAAUUUUCUCUGAAAUAAGGAUGUCUAAUACUAAUGGCUUAUGCAUUGCAAGCAUGUGUUUUUGGCGAAGAGGUACAUGGAGCUAAAAAAAGCAGACACACAGGUUUACAUGAUUCAAGUGUGGAAUCAACUACCAACCUCCUACUGUAGUUCCUGGAGGAGACUUGGCCAAGGUUCAGAGGGCAGUUUACAUGAUUUCAAACUCUAUGAGUGUUGCAAAGGUUUUCUCAAGAAUUGAUCAGGAGUUUAAUCUGAUGUAUGCAAAGCGUGCUUUUGUACGCUAGUAUGUUGGUGAGGGCAUGGAGGAAGGAGAAUUGUCUGAAGCUCGGGAGGAUCUAGCUGCUUUUGAGAAGAUAAAGAAAAUGUGGAUUCAAUUGCAAACAAUGUAGGCUAGAGGCUUCUCUGUUAGUCAAGUGAGUCAAGUGAUUGUAGCCCAGCAAAGUCCAAAGUUUUCCCUGCUUUUUCCUAUAAGUUCCUUUUCCUUUUCUUCUAUUACUUCUUAUCUAGGUUUGAUGGUGAUGCUGGACUUGUGAUUUGAUCAGUUAGUAUCCCCCUCUUUUUUGGGGGGGGGUUUCAUUUUCAUAAUUUUCGAUGUGUGAUUAUGGCCUAUGAGAGGUACUAGGUCUGAUGUGGUGAAGCCAUUUCCCUACUUGCCAAAUCAUAAAAUAUGAGUUGCUGCCCUAUCUCCCCCUUCCACAUUCAUUUUUAUCAAAGAAGCCUUGAGGUUCUUUUGUUUGUUACUAACCACUCCCUUUCACCUCAGGAUGACUAGUAAAGAAAGCCAAAAACCAUGCUUUACACAUAUGCAUGCACAUGCAUUGGAUUGUCCUUAACAGAAGGCUUUUUUAAUUGUCAUUCCUUUCUAAGCAGGUUUUGACUUCACUGUUUGCUGCUUUACGAAAUUUUUUUCUAGAGAAAUGGUGGUUGGGCUUUUUGAUUGAUUAAUGCAAUCUUCCAUAGUGAUGUGUGAACAUUACUUCUAAGCAAUACUAUCACUAAGCAAUGUAUGCUUCAAUCUAACAAACUAUUCUGAAUAUUUAUAGUUUACAAGCUUGUUGUAUUGGAUGAUUACAAUUGCAAUGCUCAGUAAAUUCGGCAACCCAAUAUCCCUGAGACUUGUAUUGGCUUGUCUUCAUUGAGUGAGGACCAUUUUCCUCUGUUUUUAUUGAUCAUCAUAUCUUAUGGAGAUGGAUAAAGCUGACUCAGUGGCAAGCAAUCAAGGUGCCCAUAUUUUAUUUCCACUCCUUCAAAGGAGUCUCCCAGAUCCAAACAAUGUAAUCUCUCUGUCUCUAUUUCUGUCAUGGUUAUGUAUUGCGAAUAUUCAAAAGCUAAUUUGCUAUACUAUUACCCAUAACAAAAUAUUUUAAAUCUUUAAGCUAUGCAUUUAUGGUUUAGCUUUGACAAUUGAGACAGAGUUGACACACUGAAAGAAUGGAUCAGCAAGCUGGGGAAAAAAGCUGAUAGUUUCCCAUAUGGAGUUUGUGAGCAUGUUAGAUUGGGGCCCAAUGUAUCUGUACCUGUGAAGGGCAAAUUGAGGUUGGGUGCCAGAGUUCUUCAAGAAGGUGGUGUUAAUAAGUUAUUCAAGUAGAUCUUCAAAAGCUGCAGGCUGCAAAAGAAGAGAUUAGCAACAAAGAUAAAAAGAAGGAGGGCAACCUAGAGAAGGGAUUGCAAGAUGCACUUUUGAAGACAGAAAUCUGAUGAGUGAUAUUGUUUUCUUGCGUGCAUGGACUCAAUAAAGGUUCCCCACUUCUUCAACCCAUUGACAAAUGCUCUGCAGUCUCGUGAUCAGGUCUGGAGAGGCAUAAAAACAGUGGCUGAGCUAAGGGAAGAACAAAAUACUACAUAAUCCUGUCAACAAGGACUCAUUGUACAAGAGUCUCUCGAAUGCAACAUGCAGCCCAAAACAUCUCAUGGAUUGUGUUUAGAAACAGUAUCAGGAUAUUCUGGGUUAUUUUCAGUAAUGUCAACAACCUUGGCUGGGGUCCUAGGAGUUGGAUUGCAACAAAUAUCUCAUGCAGAUGCCAAAACGGCUGAUCCUGAGGUUCCCUUGCCAUCAGAAUCUCCAUCAAGCUACACCGAUUUGGAAAAAAUUGUUAAGCAAGAACGACUUCGAUUGGAAGAGUUGCUCAAAAGUAGAGGAAUGUUUUAUGGCUCCUAUCCUAGAUUUACUGUCGCCAUGAAGGGUCAAAAGGUCACAAUCAAAUUCCAAAUACCUCCAACAUGUGAAGCGCCACACUUAAUUGUGGACCUUGUUUCACAUCUAGGAUUGAAGGAUGAACUUGGUGGUGGAUCAGAUAUGGUACUGCGUGCUUGGGACAGGUUCGUAGAAGCAAAAAUCCCAGUGUACCUUUAGUUUCUCAGUUAGGCUAUGUAAAUAUUCUUACUUACCCAAGUGGGGUUGAUCCAUUGGUGUACAUAGUGCCUUUAGAGUCUAUGUACAUAACAUUGGACACAAGGUGAUUGAAUAAGAAAUCAAAUUGGGUUUGUGCUUUGA